AUGGCAGAAGCACCGGAAGUCACGGUCUUUAAACUCCCCAACUACUUGCCCAAGAAGUUUCGGACCCUCGACAUUGAAAACCCGACGUCGGUGAUCGCGGCGAUCGUGAUCUACAGCGCACGAUGGACGGCGAUGUUCGCAAGAUUCAAGGCUGGUGGCAUAAACAAAGCUGCCUUUCUCGAGAGGGCAAGUCAGGAGGUGGAUGAGGCCGCCUGGUGGAUGGAGGCGUACAUCGAGUACGCCAAGGUUGACGGUCAGAAGCUCGACUGGCAACUGACACCGAUUGCGGUCGCCAUGUACCAUGAGCGGGGAAACAUGGAAUCGCCGACGUUUUCCUUGGAUCCAACGACGUACAGGGUGUUCAAACACUACUGUUUCCGUCCUGUUGAGGUGAAUAACUGCGGUGCGGCAUGGUGGGACGAGCCAGAGUUCACGCGAGCAACGUCCCCCCCUGUACCUGCGGGUUCGUCUGCAGGUCCAGACGCUCCAUCCCUCUUUGCAAAGCCCAUCAGGCCUGCGGAGUCCACGGCUCCGUUGCCAGCGCCAUCGUCGCAGGGGUCUCCUUCCCCUGCACCUCGUCGUCCUGUUGGGCAUAAGCCCAAGGGCAAGCCGUCAUCGACCCCUCGCACCACCACCCCAACAGUGCAAGCAGGUGAGGACGCUGAUGCGGCCAUGGACGACGACAUUACGAUACAAUCACCUCAGCCGGGACCUCCGACAUCGGAUGAAGACGUUCAAAUCGUUGAGGCACCGCAUAAGAAACCGCGGCCUCGCCAGGCGAAACGGACCUCAACGCUUCCUGCGGCUGCUGUCGAUCAAAACCAGUUCGACUCGAUUACGGGAGAUACUACGGAGGAGCAACCGGUUGCAUCUCAAGCCGCAGCAAGCUCUGCUCAUGCAGCUAUGGGGAAGGCGCCGUCUUCAGAGAGCGCAUUGUUGGCAGCUCGAGUGCAUCCUAAGGGCACCGGUCAAGGAGUCCCUGCUGAGCGGGAAGUCCUCGAUCUGACGGCGGAAGUUGAUGGGAUGGAAGGAUUUGCAGACGCCAUACGAGAACUGGUCCGCGCUGUCGACAACAACUACUCAGCGACUCGAAACGAUGUCAAAACCCACAAGGAGUCUUUGACAAAGGUAAUGAAGGAUCACAAUGAUUCCAUCAAAGCCUUGACCAGCGCGGUAAAUGGCAUUCGUGAAGACCUUCGCUUUCUGGCCCACACACUUGGCCACGACAUUCCACCUCGUACCAGUGAGGGCGAUGCACAUAUUAGUGGGGAUGUUGAGAUGUCUGACAGUGCGCAGCAGGGUGACUCAUCGAGUGCUCCCAACAAACGACAGCGCAAAUCCCAAGGGAAGUGCACACGCCGCCGCGCCGUCCUCCUUCCCGGUGCACACGCCGCUGCGCCGUCUUGUGCGGUGUGUUCCAACGACGCCGCUUUGCACCCCGGUGGACACGCCGCACUCCUGAUACGGCGCACAACGGAUCAGCCGGUGCGGCGUUACCAUAGGCGUCGGCCGACACGGAGUACUCCUACGGCAGCCGACGUCGGUUGGCACGGUGUUGUCGGGCGGUCUGUCGUCCGUUGGGACGGCGAGGUCGAGGCGGCGUGCCUGCAACUGCUGCGCGGGGAAUCUAUCUUGUGA